AUGGAUCAGCACACCGUCUUGAAGGAGAUAAAACAAAGCAAGAACAACUGUGAGGCCUUCUUUGAGCGGCACUUUAGGGGGUUCCUACCACGUGCGAGAGGGGUCGAAUAUGAGGAGGGGUUCACAACAAAAGAAUCGGAGGAAUUACAAAAAAGAGUCGACUCUUUGUGGGAAGCAGUAAAAGCAGAGAAGGAGUACAUAAAUGGGGAGAUAAACGCCGAGGCAGAAAAGUAUAGAGGGAUGGCGAUGGAAACGAAGACACAUGUGGAAGCUAUGCAGGUUGAAAUGGGGGAACUAUUCAGUAACAUUAACGUGGCAGAUCGGAAGGAGACUGCUGGGGAGAGGGACCUGGAUGGAGGUGUACAAACAGGGGAGGGAAAUAAUUGGAAAAGUGGUACCUCCUUCAGUAGCGAUAGUGAUAGCAGUGGGGAUGCAGAGGUGGGCCGACAGUGUGGGGAAGGCCCCCAUUACGAAACACACGAACUGGAAACUGUCCUGAGGAAAAGUAUCGACGCGAAGAGCAGACUGGAGAAUAUCAAAAGAGGUUUGCUCUUUUUAAAGGCAUUUCCAUCCUUAAAAAAAAACAUGAAUGAAUUAUUUUUAAUUGUAAAAAAUGUACAGCUAGAUAUAAAUGAAAAAAUAAACAAGGCAAUUAUGUUACACUCAAAUAUGCUCUACAUAAAUGAGCAUGAAGAAAUUAUUUCUUAUUUUAAAAUAUAUUUAUCCUCCAUUGAUGUGUGUAUAUAUAGUGCAGAAUUUUUUGAAGAUUUUUUUGCCCUGCUAAACAGCAUCCUGUCAUUUUUUAUAACCGAUAGUGCUUCCCAGGUUGACUUAAACAGAAUAAUACAUAUAUAUGUACAGACGUUCAGUACUUACUUAAAGUUUAUUCACAUGUACAUAUACUCUGAGGGGUACGUGAUUGAGGAAAUUACAAAAAGGAUUGUUCAUUUUAUGGUGGCAAAUUUUAGGAAGACUUUUUUCAAAUUCACACAAUCUGAGUCAGGGACGGCUGUACACAACGCGGUGAUAAACUACUAUGAGUACUUCACGACGUUCAUUGAGGAGCACGAGGAGGCCAUGCGGCGUCUCGUUCAGCAGAUUUGUGCGGAAGUUGCAGAGGAUAGCGGCGAAGGUGGAGAACGCGGCCAGGUUGACCACCACGAGGACGACUUCCUCCUUCGGCUCUACAAGGAGGCCAUCCAGGUGGUAGGUCAUCUCGUGGGCGAGCAGACAAAACAGCUACGCGACGACAAGUCAGGUGCGAGCAAAUGGAAAGGGACAGCAACGCACAAAAUUAUGGACGCACUUAGCGUUAGCAUAAACAUACUCUCCAACUCUCCCUUCCUCAUCGGAAAGAAGAAAAUGUUAAGUAGAAUAAUAAACGAAGCCAUUUUUAUGAGCGAUGAUGUUAUGGCAGAGCAUAUAGUAAACCUGAGUGACGCAUCCCAUUUCGAUAUGCAUUGCUUUGAAGAGAUCAACACAAAAGUGAGCACCUUUGACCGAAAUGAUAUAAUGGCGGAAAAUAAGCUGCACAAUUUUUUUACUGAAUUGGAAGAGGACAUCACCAAAAUAAUUGAAAAAAAAAAAAAAGAAAUGAAUUCAAAAGAGAUAUUCAAUUCUCCAUUUUUUAAAUUCAUUCCAUUUUUUUCAUUCACUUUUAAUCACGACACAGAAUUUCUUUUGCUUUUCAUUAAUGUGUAUAAUUUUGUGUAUGAAAUUAUUUACAACAUGAAGGAUCAAAUACGAAGAAAGGAGGAAAAUGAAAAAAAAAAAAAAAAAAGUUGGACAGGCAUCGAUCAGGAUGAUCAUGACUCUCGCUAUGUGUGCAUGAGACAGGAUUUCGACUCUUCCAAUCAAGUCAUUCAAUAUGUGAAAAGUGCUAUGACCACUUUUAUUCAAAUCCUUAAUACAUUUGUUAAUAUAACUAAAUUGUAUGAGUCUUUUGGGAAAUUCCUUUUCGAAAGAACUUAUGGCCAUUUUACCAGCAAAAGUUUGCUGAACGCCAUUUCCAAAAGUUACCUGAACAGACAGGCGAAGUACCCUAAGGGGGUCGACCUCAACAUUGGCCACGUGCACGAUUAUUUCGAAAAGGGGGACUUUCCCAGGAGGGUUCCCUCCAAAUAUGUCCCCACCGGAGAGUUUUCUGCGGGGGAGGAGCGGCGUGCGAAGCGUCCAGCGGAGCAGCACGUAACAUCGCAAAGGGGGGAAACUUCCUCCCCGGAGGAUGACCCGCCGCGUGAGGUCGAGGUGGAGGUGGAGGCGGAGGAAGAGCUGGACGAGCACGAGUGCGGGAAACACCUACUCAAGUCAUCCCUGUGUAAAUUAAACGAUAUAAAAAAUACCAUUAUAAAAAAUGUUAUUCACUUUGCGUUAAUCCCACUGUACACUUACACAAAUAAAUACACUACAAAAGUGUGUGCCCUUCGGAAGGAAGACAAGGUGAAGACGUUGGAUCCGGACGAAAACAUUUGUUUCAUCGUAGAAAGCAUAUUCUUGUACGUUCAGACAUUCCAUGAGCAUGAAAGUAAAUACUUAACCGAUCUGCUAUUCGAACACCUUGCGGAGAUGUUCCUCUCCUCCGUAGGUAGUAUUCCCCACGUGAAUGAAACUCUCCUGCGGCAGUUGCAGGCAGACACGCAAUACUUCAUUGACGUUUGCAAAAGAUUGAAAGUGAGGAAUUACAAACCUUUUUUUUUGUUCAGCUGCUCGCUUUCUUUUGUUCUCACGAGAGAGAGCAGAGAAGGAAGCCGCGACGAUGCUUCAGAUGUUCGCGCGGAGGUGCAAGCCUACCUGAGCGACUGUGUCAAGCGGGAGGGCCAGGAGCAGGGGAGCGUUCACCCUUUUGGCAUAACGAAUGAUGACGCUGCCACGGUGGACACGCGUGUCACUCGGCUCCUGUCAUGCCUGCAGUGA